AUGGACGAACCUCUUUCCUCACCCGAACGUAAAUCGGUGAAAGUUACGUAUUCAGCGCGCCGAAAGAGGCGAAAUAGUGUUGCAAACUAUGCAGAAGAAUCUUCGGAGGAGUUCAAAGACGAUGAAGAUCUGAAGACUGAAGAGUCGGGAAAGGUGUCUGUCCAGAAGAAAGGGACCACAAAGACGGAUGGCCCCAAGAGCACUCCUAAGAAGGCCGAUGUAAUGCCGCCACCAGCGUCCACGAAGCGCCCUAAGGACGAUGCCACACCAGCGAAGAAGCCUGUCAGCAAGGCUAAGAGAAAGCCAGAUUCCUCAGUAUCUCCUGUAUCCAACGAAACGAAGUCUACACCGAACGGAAAGCCAGUAUCUGCAAUUGGUUCGAGAUUGACGAAGUUCCCGCAGACCCCACGCGCGCAAUCGCCCGACAGUAUGGCAGAUGAUCGCUCGUCGAUUGGAGAGUCAUCGAAACCCAGUUCCAGAGCGCGCAAGACAGAAGCGGAGCGCAAGGAAUUCCUCGAAAGCGACCCGUACUCUGGCGAAGUCGAACCUCAUCGCGUAUUCUGUACUGCAUGCAAGGAAUGGGUGCAGCUCAAUCCGAAACUACGAUAUAUCAUGCGUCUGUGGCUGGUGCACCGCAAAGAGUGUGGGAAGCAACUCGGCAAUGACGAGAAGAACGAGACCGAAUUGAAAUCUGAAGUUGCACCAGACGAAGAAGACGACAAUAUAUCCGUUACUCCGUCGGAGAAGAGUGGUACGAGGAGACGUGGGGCGACUGCAACGCCAAGUGCUCGAGUUGCCACAGCGGAGCGGAAACUCAAGCUUGUCAAUGACACACAAGUGAAGGCUUUCACUCCUCACACUGUGGAAUGCGCAUCGUGCAUGGCUACCGUGACACUCGAUGGAGAGAUCGAAUACGAUGUGACUGAAUGGGAGAAACAUAAACUCAUAUGCUCCGGCAUCUCUCCGCUUGUGCAGACUGCCGAAGACGCCCUGGUACCGCCUGCGAGUGUUACGGAGGGGCAAGACGCCACCAGGCCACCACCUUCCACUGCAUCGACCGAUGCCACAAUGAUCGAGGCGGAAGCAUCUCCUUCUCGUACCGGACAGAAGCGCUCCCGCGAGGACGACUCCGAAGACCAGAGACGUGAUGAUGGAGCAGAGCUGCACACAAUCUGGAAUGAUAUACUUCCGCGAACCUCCGCCGGGCCUAAACCGCACCGGCGUGGCGAGGCUCAAGUCAGCGAGCGUGCUUCGGGGGACUCCGACCCAAUUAUCCCCUCCCUCACCCGCGCUGCACCAGUCUGGCUGUGGCGUUCCCUCUUCUCUCUGUUCCCCCCCUCAUCCACUUACACGUCCCCCACACGACAUAUGGAGCUCGGAAAGCUACUGCUCCCUGAUGGUGGCCAAUACACCGCACAAAGACACGGACCCCCCUCCGAGGACACGUUCAGAAUCUCUGAAUUAUCAGGGCCGGCAACAACGGUUGUCGGCUCCCCGAAAAUGCCCACAAGCCAAUUCAGCUACGGCUUGACCCUGCUCGCCUCCCUCGCCGAGCACCACGAGGGCGGCACACACAACAUCGUGGCCGCCGACCUCGACGAGCCACCUGCACCGGAGAGUCCCCGCAAAAAGACAUGCUCGCUCUCCGACUCUUCCAAUGCUUCCUCAUCGGGCCGACGGCCGACGUCAGGCGAGAAGCGGCGGGAGAAGAAACUGCGCGAAGAUCGCAUGGCGAUCGUGCUCUCGCCUCAGAUGGUGCAGUGCCAGCGCUGCGGCGCAAAGAUCAAGCUCUCCUUAAAGAGCACGUACGACCCGUUCCACUGGCAGAAGCACAGGGAGCGCUGUCUUAAGCGUCCCGACGGCGUCGCCCGCUCGAUGAAAGCGGCGACAGAACAGCAUAAACCCGCGUGGCCCGCAGAAUCCAAGAUCCGCACAGCGUCCAAUGGGCGUGCGCCGUCCUCCCUAACACCGCCGCUUACUUCCGACGGGCUCGAGGACGACGAGCGCUCGAGCGAGGACAGCGCCGUGAAGCGCGAGUUCGCGUCGCCUCCCACGCUGCCGGAGCCCGAGCUCGCGCUGCACAAACCGGACGCGGCGUUCGAGGACUACCUCCUGCCACAGUUGGACAUGGGCGCAGCUCAAAGAGCCCAUCUGGAUUGA